AUGGAGCUUGGGAAAGAGGCUGCAGUACCCAUAUUCUUAACGAGACUCGAGCUUCAAGCAAUGGCGAUCACAACAAAGGGCGUGACUUCGCAGCGGUGCAAACACCAAAGAAAAGUUGAAACCAUUAGUGCUGUUUCUGUUGUUGAGCGCGAAGCUACGACAAUUAAUUUAUACAAUACAAAUAAGGUGUGUGAUUGUAUGGGUUCUCACAAAGACACAUGUACCUUACUCACUCGGCCCCCCGAUGCUACAACAUCACAGACCUUUGUGUAUGUGUCUUCAUGCGUAGUCUGUGAUAUCUGUCAGAUUAAUCCAUUGGACGUUACAACAUCGAAUAACUUUCCGUAUAGUAUAUCAGUGGGAAGAGUUUACAUCCAGAAUCACAGGAUACGUCUCGUUGUCACUGUCAACGUUACUGACAUUUUCACUGUCAAUGUUACUGCCACAGUCACUGUCAUUGUCAGUCAAUGUCAGUGGCACUGCCUCUGUCAGUCACUGUCGUUGUCAUUGCCACCGUUACUGUCACUGCUACUGUCAUUGUCACUGUCAUUGUCACUGAAGACGGUGUCCAUCAACAUCAUCGAGGAAGACAGUUACGAGAAGGACGUCCUAUUCUACGUGGACAUCGGCGAGCCACAAGCCAUUGGAGACAUCGAAUUCGACAUAGGUUUCGAAUUCGCUAACAAGGAGAGCGACCUGACGGAGGAGGAGAAGAUCGCGCUUCUCGGCAAACCCAAGCUCGGCAACUCGACUCGCACGCAGAUCAGGGUCAAGGAGAACAAGGAGUACAAGAAUAUGGUUGACAAGUUGGUGAAGAAGGCUAACGCAUCUCUCCUUGUUGGAACCUCCUCUUGGAAGGAACAGUUCAGUGAAGCCAUCACGGUCCAACCUGGCGAUGAAGAUGAAGAGGGAGAGGAAGAGGAGGAAACUGAGAGGCUGCCAAGCUGCAUGGAUUACGUCAUGCAUUUCGUCACCGUUUUCUGGAAGAUUCUCUUUGCCUUCAUUCCUCCCACGGACCUGCUGCUUGGGUAUCCUACUUUCGUUAUCAGCAUUCUCGGUAUCGGAAUGGUCACUGCCGUUAUAGGCGACAUGGCAUCACAUGUGGGCUGUACUAUAGGCCUUAAGGACACGAUUACCGCUAUUGGAUUUGUCGCGUUGGGCACGAGUGUUCCAGAUACCUUUGCCUCAAAGGUGGCCGCCCAGCAGGAUCCCUACGCUGACGCUUCUGUGGGUAACGUCACGGGCUCCAACGCUGUCAACGUGUUCCUUGGUAUUGGUAUCGCAUGGACCCUUGCUGCUAUCUACCACAAUGUCCAAGGAAGAGACUUUGAAGUCUUGCCUGGCAACUUGGCCUUCUCAGUUACACUGUUCUGCGUGGAGGCAGCAGCAGCCAUCAUGGUGAUGAUGAUCAGGCGACACCCAAGCGUCGGCGGAGAGCUCGGCGGGCCAAGAAUCCCCAAGAUUGUGACGUCCACCUUCCUCGCCUUCUUGUGGGUCUUCUACGUGUUCAUGUCCUCCCUGGAAGCGUACGACAUCAUCCCCUCUCUAUGAAUAAUCCGUUCCGGUUGUGAGGACGUCGCAAGGCUGAUGGGCAACGUGCCAUGGCGGGCGAUGAGGUUCUACCGCGACCUCUGUCCGAGCUUGGCCGGUCAAAAGCAGCGUAGACUAGCUAACCAUUGCCAUUAUCCGCCGUGCGGCCUAAGCGGCAGCGUUGUGUGAGUGACUACUACGUGUGAUGUCCUCCACUAUCACCACCAACACCUCCACCUCUUCCACCACCAAAAUUACAUCCGGUCCUGUGUCAUCCAAAGGGCCUGUUUCUAGCUGUCAUGUCCACUUGCUCUGUUUAUUUUUUCUGUUUUUAUUUAUUUGUAUUUUAUGAGGCUGGUCGAUCUACAGCCCUCUAUGAGCCUGUUUAUACCCUGUGGACGUGAUUCACGAGCAUUCCUCACUAACAGUGCCGUACCUCUGUCUCAUCCUAGCACAAAUUUCAGUUUUUGGCAUGGCGGUGCUUGUGGAUGCUACGGGAGACCAUUAAAACGAGGUUAUUACAACAAUAAUCAUAUGCAGCGACUAUGACGGAAGCUGCAUAUGGUUACGAUCAAAAAAACAAAUGCAAAAUAACACAAAACUAAAAAAAAAAAAAAAAAUU